AUGGGAUGCCCUGCUGUAGCCUUUACCCUCAAGCUGGACUCAAGGCCAGAGGCAGCUGGGAGCAUUCCCAAUGUCUUCAAGAAUUCUUCUUGGUCGUCAGCUCUGAACCCUUACCAUCACCCCAAGACCCUGUCACCACUGCAACUCAUAUUCCUCCCAACCCAUCAGGGCCUUCACGAACUCACCGGAGAGCGGGCAAGGCCUCUUACCUCUUUUGCCCAUAACUCCCUCUGCGUUCUGGAACUGGAGGAGCUCCUGAGGGCAGGGAAAGUUUCUUGCAGCCAUGUGGACGAAGUUUGGCCCAACCUUUACAUAGGAGAUGCGGCCACAGCAAAUAACCGCUUUGAGCUAUGGAAGCUGGGCAUCACCCACGUGCUGAACGCAGCCCACGGCGGACUCUAUUGUCAGGGCGGCCCUGACUUCUAUGGCAGCAGUGUGAGCUACCUGGGCGUGCCAGCCCACGACCUCCCUAAUUUUGACAUCAGUGCCUACUUCUCCUCAGCAGCUGACUUCAUCCACAGUGCCCUCAGCACACCCGGGGCCAAGGUCCUGGUGCACUGUGUGGUAGGGGUGAGCCGCUCCGCCACACUGGUGCUGGCCUACCUCAUGCUACGCCAGCAGCUGUCCUUGCGCCAGGCCGUGAUCACCGUGAGGCAACACCGAUGGGUCUUCCCCAACCGAGGCUUCCUCCACCAGCUCUGCCAGCUGGACCAGCAGCUGCGGGGUGCAGGCCGGAGCUGAGGGGCCAGGGCUGGUCGUUACUCCCUGCCGCACGGCUGUGCUACUUUGCUACCCUGACACUGGUCCUGUUGG